GCUGCAUGAUCAACUGAUGGACACACAGAAGCUCACUGGCUUUCUCUUUCACUGCUCUAAAUCCCAUCUUUUCUGGGUGUUUUGGGGUUUCCCUUGUGUUUUCUUGCUUGACUUCAUUUUCGAGGUGAAGCAAAAGUCUUAAGCGUGGUCUUUUUUCCACCUCCCUCACUUUCUUGGAGUUUCUGUUUCCUUCAUUUGGGAUUUUUUCUCCCUUUUUUUUUUUUUUUUAAAUUUCCAGCCUGAUCGCCUGCUCUUCUGUGUGUAGAUCAACCCUUCCUUUCCCCCUGCUCUCCUUUUCCUUUUCCUCCCAUUUUCCUCCAUUCCUCAUCUCCUCGUGUGUGGUUUUUGGGCUAUGCUCUCCUCACCCACUGUGAUCCUCCAGCCUUAUGGACUCCCCGUCUACCCACAGGCAACCACAUGCUACCCCAGCAUAGUUCAGGGGGCCCCCACUCAGGAGGCUGCCCCAGGCAGUGCAGACCCUGCCCUGCCUCAGGUCUAUGCCCCGCCUCCCUCUUACCCCCCACCAGGUCAAGGUCCCCCAACGUCCGCCAGCAGACUGCCAACUCUCGACUUUAGCUCUGCACAUGCGAGCUCAGAGUACCAGGAACAUCCCCAGCUCAGAGUCUAUCAGGGCCCUCAGCACGAUGGGGGCGACUCUCUGACAUCUGGCAACACGGAGGACUCUUUGGUCCCCGUGACCUCUGACCCCCAGUCUCUCAGUGUGUCCGUGUCAUCGGGGGGCGGGGCAGGAAGCGGUAGCGAGGAAGAGGGGUCAGGUAAGACCCAACCGAAACGCCUCCAUGUCUCGAACAUCCCCUUUCGCUUUAGAGACCCAGACCUCCGCCAGAUGUUUGGGCAAUUUGGCAAGAUCCUCGAUGUAGAGAUUAUCUUCAAUGAGAGGGGGUCAAAGGGCUUUGGAUUCGUCACUUUCGAGAAUGCCACCGAGGCUGACAGAGCAAGAGAAAAGCUGAACGGGACAAUUGUGGAAGGGAGGAAGAUCGAGGUUAAUAAUGCCACUGCACGAGUAGUUACCAAGAAACCCCAAACGCCUCUCGUGAACGGUGAAAUCUCAACUUCCGGUUGGAAGAUCAACCCGGUCAUGGGGGCCAUGUACGCGCCUGAGCUCUAUACAGUUGCCAGUUUUCCGUACCCUGUAGCGACUCCUACGCUGGCCUACCGCGGUUCAGCGCUGCGUGGUCGGGGUCGAGCUGUCUACAACACAAUUCGCUCCACUGCAACCACACCUGCCGCUGUCCCCACCUACCCUGGGGUUGUGUAUCAGGAUGGACUGUAUGGAGCAGAAGUCUAUGGCGGAUACCCUGCAGCAUACAGAGUGGCUCAGUCAGCAUCUGCUGCCACUGCGACCUACAGUGAUGGAUAUGGACGGGUUUACGCUCCAGAGCCCUAUCACCACUCAGUCGGACCAACAACAUAUGGGGUCGGUACAAUGGCCAGUUUGUACAGAGGAGGAUACAACCGCUUCACCCCCUACUGAGGCCCGGUGAAGGGCGGGGUCGUCGGGCAUCUCUGUUGAACUUUGGGACACUGCAGGGCAGAUUACAAUAAUCCUUAAGAACAACCUCGGAAAUGUGGCACACGAGGUGUCACCUCCUGUCUCCAUCACAACCUCUCCUCGGGAGACUAAACAGACUGAAGGUUAAAAUACUGUAGGACCCCCUUACCGUCCGCUCUGCUGGAGAAUACGUAGGAGACACUGUCGCUUGAAACCUUUUAAUGCUUUUUUUUAAUUUUAAGAAUGGAUAGGUGGUUAAAAAAAUACUGUGAGAUUCUUGUGUUUAAUAAUUUGGGAAUUUUUUUUUCAGGGGUCAAACUGUGCAAAAACACAUUUUGUACAAUUUUAAAUGAUUUAUUUUUGUUGGCAUUUAUCUACUGUUUUGAGUGUGUGUGUGAGUGCGUGUGAGUGGGAAUGUCUGUGAGUUUCAACAUCAAGAGAGAGAGUUGGCUGUGACACUGAUAUUGCAACUAAAAACACAAAAAUAAUGUUUAUCAGCUGGACUUAUUUUUAUUUCUAACAAUCUACCUCUAAAUCUACAUGUUUAGCUUUUCAUACAGCCGUUACAUUUAAUCCUUGAUUGCAGUUUCUUGAGUCCUUUCCUUUCUGUUCAUAAAUCCUAACACAGUGUAGUUUCUGUUUUCUGGCUUCACUCCUCGCUACCUUGCUUGAGCUUCGAUGACCGGAGGGUCACUGUCCUGUAUUUUGUCCCUCUUUUCUCCUUCAUUACUGUUAAAUAACUUCUUUUCUUGUAUCAGUUAGUUCUUCUUGGCUUUGUUUCACUCUUUUCUGCUUUGUUUGAUGUUUACCUCUGAAUAAAUCAGACUUUUUUCUCCUCUAUCUCUUCUGUUCUUUAUUUAUUCUGCUUCUCCUCACUCCCUGGGUUUCUGGGUUUUUCCUCUGUGGCAACAUGACCUACACACAUUGUAAACUGAAAAUCACACGUGUAGUUGGAAUGAGUCUGGAUUGAUACCAUCAGGAAUUACAUCGGCAAUCCUAUAGAAAAACAAACAAACAAACCCUUCUUUUAUUUUCUUUGUGUGAUUUCACUGCUUACCGUUUAGUUGCAUCAUUCUCUUAUUUUUUCCCUCCUCCUUCUAACACUCAGUGCCAGUAUUCAUGUUCUACAUGUAUGAAAACCAUCCCGGGCCUGUUUUCUAUUUUCUGCACUCUCUAAACUUCUAGAUUAUUGGCCUUACUUUCAUUUCCUUUGUAAGUUUCACCUCAUGUGUGAGAUCAGCAAUGCAUUUUAAUCUUUUCAUCUUAUUAACUCUUAUAAAUGUUUUAUGCAACAACUUCUUUACUCCGUUUCCUCGUGUGAAUUUCUUUACUUCUGUACUGUUUUGCUGCUCUGCUUCUGCCCUUUUUCUUCUUAGUAGUAUUUCUUUUAGUCUUUUUGUUUGCCAGCUUUGCUAUUUUUAAACUGUGAACUGUCCUUUGCCAUUUUAUUCCUUUUGCUGUUUGCAUGACAAACUGAUUUUUUUCCUGCUGCACUUUCUACAUCUUUAACCUUCCAUGCUAACUUUUUUUUCCAGCUGCUCUCAAGGAUUUUUUUUAAUCUGUUGGUUAAAGUAAAAACUAUCACCAUAUUAAUGAACAUUAAACCAUUGUGUUUAGUCAGCUAGCUGAUCUGUUUCAUCACAGAUGGCCAUCAUUCAACAUCUUCACAAUAAACUGUUUGCAACCAACUCUUUGUGCUCCACUGAACUGCUAGAUUUCAAUCAAUCAACUCCAAUAAAAACACAAGACCGUAUGUGCUCUCUGUACUAUUUUUUUUUUUAUUAGACGUCUUUCCAAAAGAUAUGUACACAAUAUUUACAAAAUGGCAGUUUAUCCUAUCAGAUCUGUGUAGCCAUGGGAAUGAAGGAUAGGGAGGGCGCAUUGCAGAUAGACCUUCAGCUUCAGUUGUUAAAGUGCUGCAACACAAACUAUUAAAAGCACUGCAGACAUGAUACAAUACUUACUAGUGAGAGUUGCACACGGCAGUCACAAACAUACCCAACAUAAGAGGAAAAAAGGGUAAGAAUGACAAAAGAGAAACACUGGUUAGAGAGUCAGGGGAGAGGAGAGAGGUUGGAACAUCAUGCAGGGAGGGGUGAAGAAGAGAAAGUGAGAAGAUUCUACAAAAGACUAGUUUUAAAAAAAAAAAGAAGAAGAAAUGAACAAAGGUGGAGGGAAAGAGGGAGAUGGGAGUUCUUCAAGGGUCAAAAAGCAGUUACAAAGACUGAUGGAGGUAUACACCAACAUAGGAGCAAAAUACACAAAAAUUGGGAGGGGUGGGUGGGGGAUUAAAUGAAAAUGCGUACAUUAGUUAUCUGAAUGAUUUUUCUAUGUAAAGAUAAACAUCCUGGGCUGUUUCAGUGCUGAAAACCUGAGACAUCAGAUGUAUACAAUACAAGCCUGCAUUAAAUUAAAACAAAAACAAAACAAUCUUACAUCACUUCAGAAGAGUCACUGCUUAGCAUGUGAACACAAACCUACAAACUUUAUACUUGAAAAAGAAAAGAAAAAAAAAAAAAAAAAAAGAGUGUUGGUGAGUUUUAGGUCACUAUGUUCUGCAUGUCCAGACAUAUUUUAUUCAAUGCCAAUUCAACUCUGAAGCAGCCUGCCAGUAUAACAAACAAAAGCUAAAACAUUUCUAAUCGGUGGAGAGACAAAGGAAUUGAAAAAAACAAAGAUCCAACCUAACCAAAUAUGAAAAGUUUUAUCAGCAAACAACUGUGCAAACGCAUCUGGACACGCAGAACCCCACAGCACAAGGCAAACAUGACUCAGCUUUGUUUUUAAAAACUAGAACAGGUACGAUGUUGCACACAAAACCAUUUUAAAUACGGGCUAGCAGCAAAUCACAUUAGCAGCAUUUCAACAUUUUCACUAUGCGAGGCUCCCCUGUGUUUUACGAGCUGUAUGGCUUCAACUCGAGCGGGUCAAACCGAGACUGAGUGCUCACAAUUCACUCUCUCCGGCAGGCAUCUGGAGGAGUUUUGCCCACUUAUCCCUCCGUGUGCUCCUGCAAUGCAGCAGCGUUGCAAGCUGAAGGAUGAGAAGUCUGGCGGCAUGUGGGAGGAGGGUUUCAGGAGUGAGGGGAGAGGGGGGCAGUGAGGAGGACAGGGGAGUAAGGUAAAUGAAGGGAGGGGGGGGAAAGAAAGGAAACAUGUUGAGAUCUUUGUCAUUACAAAACAUAUGCUGAAAUCAAAGGUCAACAAUGAACACAUCUAAAAUAUAUAUAUGAUCCAUGGUCACACGUGAUUUAUCGACAUGAUUGGUCAGGAGGCAACAUUGCAAGGUUUUAGCCACAUUGGUCUGAUUUGUCACUGAAUAUAUACGAGACCAGCAGGAACCAAUCAGAGAGCACAAAACAGGAAAAUGUGGCACACAGCCUAAAGGGAAAAAUUUCAACAACUUAUUUUUCCUUCUUUUUUGGACCAAUGGAGUCUGAGCAUCGAGCCAAAAUUGGGUUUGACAACCUGUCCGACUGUGUUCAGGCUGCACUCGGAAAACAGCGCUGACUGACAUUUCUCCGAUAUAGCUACACUGAGAUCACUGCAUACAAUCAAAUCCUACUUUUUUUUCUCUCUUUUUUUUAACAUAUUCACAAAUUUGUUCAAUAGUUUUAUGAAACAAAGAAAGAAUAAAAAAAAAAAAAAAAAAAAACUUCACACUUACCCAUGUGUGAACAAAAAAACAAAAACCUACACGGUGUACUAAAAAGAAAUCACAUCAAUUAUCAUACAGUAUUUACAAAGUAUACUCUGUUGAUAAGUAAACGCGUAGGUUGUACAUUAAGCCUGAAUCCAUUCCUGUUCUUAUUAAUCAAAACAGGGUUAAAUACUCAAUGUCAGACUCAAUGUUCCUACAGCGGCCAUUAAUACUGAUAUUAAUUUAGGAAACAAAAAAAA